AUGUGCACCACCCUCUUCCUGCUCAGCUUGGCCAUGCUGUGGCGCCGCAGAUUCACCAACCGGGUGGAACCAGAGCCCAGCAGAGAGGACGGGGCGGUUGUGGGCAGCAGCUCGGACACAGACCUUCAGUCUUCGGGCAGGGAGAAAGAACCUGUGAGGUAGGCCCUCGCUGCUUCUUCAGGCUGCUCAGCUCUGGGGACUGUGACCCACCAGCCCGGACAGCAAGCAAUGGGAGGCCACGACGCAUGAAUAGCGGAGGCCCUGGGAGCGAUGCAGCCUUAUUAGCUGCCUUCCCUGCUCUGCUGCUCAGGACCACGGGAAGAUCCUGG